UUUCCAAUGCACAUAAAAAUAAUAAAAAGUUAAAGCUCAAAUUUCGCUGUCAGCAUUCAAAUCAACCAAAUUAUUAUUUCAUUUAGAUAUUUCUAGAUUCUGUGCUCUGAUUUCAAUUUUCAGAUGAUAUCAAACUAACCUUCACAUGAAUAUAUUGUUGCAUAAAUAGAACAAUAUGCCUGAAAAUCUCGUCCAGUGCUAUAACCGCGGCUGCGGUCAACUUUAUGACCCGAAUACUAACGAUAGCGAUGUGUGUUGUCAUCAUCCCGGCUUCCCAGUAUUUCAUGAUGCUUAUAAAGGUUGGUCCUGUUGCAACAAAAAGAGUGUGGACUUCACUGAGUUCCUAAAUAUUAAAGGUUGUACAUACUCAAAGCAUUCUCAUGUGAAACCAGAAGAACCUGUAAAGAAAUCUGUAGAUAAAGAGCUUGAUAAAAAGGAGGUGAUAGAAGUUAGAGCUCCAAUAGUUGGACCACAGCUUCCGCGGCCACCAUUUGAAACAUCAUUAGUCACUUUAGAAGCUACUGUUGCAGAUUCUUUGAAACAAGCCAAUCCUAAUGCAUCUCAACAAGUACUCUCAUCUAAUACAGGUAUUAUUGAAAUUGGUACAACAUGCAAGAAUGGUGGAUGUAACACAACAUACAAUGGACCCCAAACAAAUGAUAGCCCGUGCAUCUUCCAUCCUGGAUGUCCAGUGUUCCACGAAGGCCUCAAGUUCUGGUCAUGUUGUCAGAAACGAACCACAGAUUUCAAUACCUUUUUAAAUCAACCUGGUUGCACGACUGGUACACACAAAUGGUUUAAAGAGGUGGCUGCGGCUGGUACUGUGAAAUGCCGGUGGGAUUGGCACCAGACUCCAGAUUAUGUCAUUGUGAGUGUGUAUGCCAAGAAGUAUGACCCAAUUGCAAGCUUUGUCAAGAUAAAUCCAAUCAGACUCAAUCUCAAAAUAGUUUUUAAGGAGGAAAAUAAUGCUUCAUUUAAAUUAGAUCUUGAAUUAAGAGGAGUAAUAGAUGUAAGCCAAAGUAGUGCCUCAAUGCUGGGAACAAAAGUAGAAAUUAAGUUAAAGAAAGCUGAACCCGGAGCAUGGAGUAAAAUAGACUUCCCAAGAGUGAGCCCACCUGUUGUUGAAGAACCAGAACCGGAACCAGAAUCAAAUGUGGAAGAUGAUUCCGUAGACCUUUCUGCUGUCGAAGCCAUUCAUUCUUCCGGCAAGGUCAAUCUUACCGGCUGAUAAUUCUAUUAUAUUGAUUUAUGAAAUAAUGUGAAAAUUAUAUUAAAAAAAUAUUUAAUUAACACAGAUAUUACUAUGUUUUGUAAUAAAUCAUAAGAAAAAUAUAAA